AUGUCACUCCCGGAGACACACCAGGAACUUCGAAACCUUGCCUGGAUUUUGUUUGGGGACCAUGAGAAAACGAAGGCAAAGACAGUACUUAUGACCUCGUUGAUCGAUCCGACGGGACGCAGAAUCUGGACUGUUUUCGACCGGUCUGUCUACGAGCACCUCGUGAGUACGUGUUCUAGCGACGUCCUACACGUCAAGGUGUCGUUCUCGUAG